AACUUCAUUGAUCGAUUCAACUUGGAAAAGAAAAAUAAAAAUAAAAAAGAAAUGUGACACCGUUGAAUUGAAAGCCUCGCCAGCCUCCAGAUCCACAACCUCCAUCUCUACGAGGGUGUUCCGACGACAACCCUAAUUGGCGGUCAAACAUGGAGCUAACAGCUGCUCUGUACAUGAUUCCCUCUCCGGCGAAGUUUUCUCGAACUUCCAUUUCUUAUGCACCACGAUUCUCCUGUACUCGGCUGGGAAGUCCCAUCAGGGUCCGAUGCGUGUCUUCUUCCGUGGAUCCCUCUGAAGCAACUGCAACGGUGGAGAAGCCAUUGAUCUCAACGAAGUCUGGGAAUUGGCGGUGGAGAUUUCAAGGAACAACCAUCAAUAUUAACUAUGAAGAACACAAGGAAGAAAACAAUGCUAAUGAAAAGAGCAUCCUCAUGAUUCCUACAAUAUCAGAUGUUAGUACCGUUGAGGAGUGGAGCGUUGUUGCAAAAGAUAUUGUUGGAAGGAAAGGAAAUGUCAAUUGGCGUGCUACUAUCGUCGAUUGGCCUGGUUUAGGUGAUUCGGAGAGGCCGUUGCUAAAUUACAAUGCUGAUGUGAUGGAGAACUUUCUAUUUCAGCUCAUAAAUGAGGCAGAUAGUCCUCUGAGAAAUUCAAAUGAAGAUUUGGUCAUUGUUGGAGGAGGACAUGCAGCAACUUUAGCUCUUCGUGCAGCUGUUAAGGGUAAGGUCAAGCCAUCCGCCAUUGCCGCUGUUGCUCCUACAUGGUCUGGUCCCCUGCCUAUAGUCUUUGGUCGAAGUUCUACGAUGGAAUCAAGAUAUGGGCUGCUUAGGGGAACUUUAAGAGCCCCCGCGGUCGGCUGGAUGAUGUACAAUGUGCUUGUGAGCAACGAGAAAGCGAUCGAAUCCCAGUAUAAGUCGCACGUCUAUGCUGACCCUAACAACGUCACUCCGAGUGUCAUCAAGAGCCGAUACGCUCUGACUAAGCGGAAAGGUGCCCGAUACGUUCCGGCAGCUUUCUUGACUGGGCUCCUCGACCCCGUCAAGACUCGAGAUGAAUUUUUGGAUCUAUUUGCCGAGUUGGACGGAAAGAUACCUAUUCUUGUUGUUUCCGCGAAAAAUGCACCAAAGAGAUCUAAAGCAGAGAUUGAUGCGCUUAAAGGUGCGAAGGGUGUCACGAAGUUUGUGGAAGUACCAGGGGCCCUUCUCCCUCAGGAGGAGUAUCCAUUAAGGGUUGCUGAAGAGCUAAGCCAGUUCCUGCAAUCAAUUUCUGUACCAUCUGGUGAUCUUAAACUCUAACCUUAAAGCUGAGGCGAGGGGAGUUAUAUGCUUCACAGGUCAGUUUUUAUGUAUUUGAGAUAUUGAAAAUGUUUAUAAUCAUGUUAGUGCUAGCUAUGAUAUGUGACAUUAGAAGAGAGCAGAGAAUAUUUUGAUAAUAGGAAUUGCCUAUGGAGUCGUAUCAUAUGUGAAUCACAAACUUGCUACUUAAUAAAAGCCGGCGUAAUUAAGGAAAAUAAUUCAGAGCAUGAUGAUGAAUUCUUACGCUGUUUUAUCCGUUCAAGAAUGAAAACCAG